AUGCGCCCAACUAGCUUCGCCUCUCCUCCCAUCAAGGCUCACGAAUCGACUCUGUCCAGAAGGAGCACGUCGUCAAGUACGAAGUCGGUCAAGCCUAUGCACCGUACCUCGAAGCAAGCGAGCCCCAUUGCUGGAAUAGAUAGUCGAUAUAGGCGUGCUUGGAAGGCUUGCGAAAGAUGUCGAAUGAAGAAGACCAAGGACGAUGACCUGGUCUGCGCUGCUGGUAUUAGAAAGAAGAUGAAAUACAAGAAGCUGUCACAAGGAUACGCCGAGAUCCUAGAAAACACCCAAUUCGCUCUCAUCAUUACCAUCCACAAGCUCUACUUCAUGGUCCGAAAUAACCAGCCCUGGGAGCUCGGUGAUCCUGAAUUAAACGACCGGGGCCAGCCCGUCAUCCAUAAUAUCGUGCAGAAGCUGGGCUGCAUCCGAGCUGAUAGCGAUAUCGACCUCCCUAUUGACUUAGUAUUCCCCAAAGAUCAAGCCGGCAUCGCUAAACUGGCCCACCAGCUCAAGGAGCAGCAGAAAGAAAAUAAAGGCAGGAAGGAGGUUAAGGACGCCGACUCUUCCAUAUAUAAUCACACGCAGCGGGCAUCACUAUCAGAACUUGAUCAUCCUGGCUGUAAGCACGAUUACCAAGCCGCCUUUAGCAGAAACGACGCCAUAGUCCUAUCGCCACAGAGCUUCACCUCCAGUAGUGGCUUGGACUUCGCGCCUCCACCACCCGGAACCAACCCAUAG